AAUAUUAACCAAAAUUUCUUGACGCUGUUCCUUCGAUCAUUAAUACACCAUAAUCGAUUUCGAAACAGUAUUAACUUACUGCUGUCAAAUAUUAAUCAUACGGGGAUUACGUCACGUAGCGGAGCUCCAAGCGUAUAUUUCUACAAACUCUCGUCACCGACGUGUUUGAUCUUUUUGCGUCUCAAUAAAGUCUGUUUUUGGUCUAAGUUAUAUCGAUAAAAGACACGGUGCGUGUUUUAGCGACACACAUGCAGUGAAGUCGGUAUGGGUGGUCGCGUUUUGGAGAGGACUUUCUUAAAGAAAUUGACCGUAGUAAGCGUUCUGUUCAACAGUUGCCUUUCUUCCUGUCUACAGGGUCAUGAUUACAACACGGAAGAAUUAUUUGUCAGGAAAAAAACGCGCAUUAUCUCUGUUUACAGGUCUAUUAAACAUCCUGUUCGGUUCAUCAGGUCGCAUCACUCGACAACAGGUGGCGCCCUAACGCUCUGUUUACCCAAACACUGUGACUGGAAGAAAACGUUUUCCUUCUUUCAAAAUCAUCUGCUUCAGCGGAGAAGCACAACUGGAUCAUGUUUGCUUUACGCUUGGUUACCAUGGCGUAAAAUAUCUUCAUACCACAAAUCUCUUGUAAUGUUCUUGAUCCAGCUCUUUAAAGUUGCCACAAAGGGUCAUUGCUUGCGCAAGACACCGAGUAAGCAUUCUACACGCUUGGAUUUCUACUGAGAAGCUCGAUACAGUGCUCGGAGUCCAUGGUUUUAAAGCCGUCUGUUCUUUGGGCACCGUUAAUUCCCCCAUGGUGAGACUGUUUUUGUUUCGUCUGGGAUCACUGUUAGGCCUGUUUGGUUUACUGGUUUGGGAAGCGUUUCGUAGUCAAAACGAAGAUAACUUCGCAGAAAAUAACAACUUCAGACGUCACGAUGUAUACAGUUUUCGAGAAAAUACUUGGAAGACAACUGACGAGACCCAAGAGUUGCGGAAGAAGCACCUCAUUGACUACUGUCACAAGCGAGACCCAAAAGAACUUCUCCCUCCACAUUCAAGCAACGAAAUCCCCGCGUACUAUUUCAGAAACAUCAUUGUGGAUGAUUAUCACAAACUACUCUAUUGUUACAUUCCGAAAGUGGCUUGCUCCAACUGGAAACGAGUGCUCAUGGUUAUGAAUGGUGACGCCGCUGACCCAUGGAGUAUUAAGACCGCGGACGUGCAUAAUCGCAGCUUAGGAUUUUUUCGAUAUUUGAACCAAUACUCUGCGGAGGAGAUUGUUCACAGACUCAGCACUUACUACAAGUUUCUGUUCGUUCGACACCCAUUUGAGCGUCUUGUUUCAGCAUACAGAAACAAGUUCAUAGACUCUUACAAUUUGACGCUAUUUAAAGAGAUGUAUGGCAGGCAUAUCAUACGAAAAUAUCGGCAUAAUCCCGAUAUCAGGUCUCUCAAGACGGGAGAAGGUGUGAGCUUUGCAGAAUUUGUUGAAUUUAUUAAUAAUUCUGAGCCCGAGUUUAUGGAUUGGCACUGGAAACUGUACGACAUGCUGUGCCAUCCGUGUUUAAUUUACUACGAUUUUAUAGGAAAGUUUGAAAAUUUAUAUACUGAAGCUGACCAGCUAUUGAACAUUCUCCAGGCGAAUGAUAAAGUACAAUUUCCACACAAUAAGACUUCUAGAUACAAGUUACCCACAAAAGGUCUAGCAAAGGAAUAUUUCAAGUCGCUGCCGAAGCAGACUAAAGGCAAAUUGUAUAACAAGUACAGGCAUGAUUUUGAGAUGUUCGGAUAUUCGAUGGAAGAGUACUCCUGAGUAUGAAUAUUUUAACAUUUUUUUUUUUUAUGAAAACGCUGAGUUAAUGACUGCACAUUGUUCUAGUCAAGUGAUGCAGCCGAAAAUCGACGGGAUGCUAUGACUUCAUCAUGCCUUGUCGCAUGAAGAACACUUGUUGGUCACGUAAGUGAUAAUCCAUUCUCCGACGCCAUGUCAAAGACAUGUGAAGACAACAAUGGUUGAUCUGAGAACCUAGUUUAGCGACAGAAGAUUUUAUGGAGUUCAGUCAAUUAAUUAUCAACUACCCAGAAGACAAAUUAUGUCUGCAUUACGAGUUCAACUCCAAUCGCCGUGGCAGUCUUACGGAAAAUGCAGCAAAUACUUCCCCUCCUCUUGGAUGAAAACGGGUUAAGUUUAAAAUUCCGACGAAAAGUCAAGUCAAAAGACUCAAGACUCAAGUCCAAAAUCAAGUCAAAAUUCGCGUCAAAACCCAAGGAAAAGGUUUGUAAACUGUGAUGGUGCAAAAACAAUGACAGUAUGCCGUGUUAACGACUGACAAAGACAAGGUUUUGACAAGCUAAAAAAGGACUGAGAGAAGCCACAGAGACGCUUAACAUACUGACAACAGUAUCACUUUCACAACAACAGGUAGAUUACCUGAUGACAUUCGUGAUGAUAAUAAUAAAGGUAAAAUCAAGAUUUAUCUUAAUUUCAAAGCAAAUAACAAACACGUUACAAGACCUACUGCCAGCUAGGAUGAUGCAGACGAAAAAGAUAAACCUCGAAACCGAUAAAAUUACACCGAACACGGAGGUAUUCCGUUAGAUGGCAAACGAACUAACUUGACAAAUUAUAGAGAUAAACUUGUCAGAAUAGGAGAAGUUUACAAUCGGAAUGAAAUUAACACCUAAGAUCGUUGCUGUUAUCGCAUUGAUCGCUCAUUACAGUAAGAAUUUUCGGAAUGACUAACGAUCUACUGAUUGGCUGACUAACAGGCUAGCAGCGCAACUGAAUGACCGAGUGACUUAAUAACUGACUCUAUGACUGCCUGAUUAAGCAAAUGACUGAGUGACAGACGACUGACUCACUGACGAAUGAUUUAAAUGUCUGUAUUCACUCCAUGAUUUUCAAACUGACUGACAGGCUAACUGAAUGAAAAAACUGAAUCAGGACUAACUCUUCUUUAACUAGGUGACCAAAUGGCCUACUGACUGAGAGACUAAAAGACAACUGCCUGACGGAGGGGGGCAAAUGGUUUAUACGUGAAGCGCGAGUAAGGCCAAAAUUAGACCCCCCUCCCCCCCUCUGCCUUUGCUACCCUCUUUACUAACUGACGGCGAGACUGAAUGCUGAAUGUUCAACUUGACAAUAGCUGAUCGACUGACCGACUGACGAAUGACUGAAUGAUUGACUAAUUCUCUUAACAACUGAAUGACAGACUGAAGAUUACUGGCUGUUAGAAAGCUCGACAGACUGAGUGACUGAUCAACUUAUACACGACUAAUUAGUGAUUAAUGUCAUUAGGAACCUCGUGAUUUUCACACUUAGUGACUCAGAUACCAACUCAAGACUGAAUGUUCACUAACCUAACUAUUUAGUUACUGACCGACUGACUGCCCGACUGUCCAACCGGCUGAAUGACUCGCUGAUCAAUAGACAAUGGCUGAUGGCCCAUAUCUUACAGAAUGACUAACCGAGCAACUGACAAACGAAUUGACCCACACAACGGUGAAUUGACAGACAUACUUACAGGCUGACUAACAGACUGACUGGCUUACUUAACUUGUGCCUAACAUAUGAUUCACUGACUGGGUUAAAUAUUAACUUCCAGGUGCCUUAAACUACAAAAAUCACAAGGUUAUCACAUGAUUUAGUAUUAAUGGUACGUUAAGGAACUGACUGACUUGCUUAAUUGCUGGCUAACUGGCCGUCUGACUGUCUGAGUUGCAGAUUGAUUGUAAGGCUGACUGACUGACUGACUGACUUUUUGAAUGACUGAGAGAAUGACUUACUGGCCAACUAAACUGACGCCAUGCGGAAAACGCGUUGACGAAUUGACAUGUUGGCUACCAGAUGUCUCACAUUAUCCUAGUCGCUAGGCGAGCAUCUGGAUUGGAACCAGUUAUGUGGACACAGACUAAUUGAUCAACUGACCGACUGACUGACCGACUGCCUGACCAACUGACUACCUGGCUGAAUGACCAACUGACCACCUGACCGACUGACAGACUGUCUGACUGUCUGACUGUCUG